GGCAUCAAUUUUAUUUCAGUCCAUUUUUGUGUGAAAACUUCAGGAAGCCUUUGCUGCGUUUGUGCAUUGAAAAUCAGUGAGAAAAAUGUCUCGUAAUUAUUCAAAUUGUGUCUCAAGACUUAAAUGAAGGUUCUAGAAAGGUUUCGGUGAAGAAAAAAGUGCAUAAACUCUAGAGAAAAGUGCAGAAAAUAGUGCAAAAGGAUAGGAGCAAAUUAUAACACAUUCAACGUGAACGUUCAAUGGACAAAAUGGCAGAAGAUUACCAGAUUCCACGUCUGAUGGUCUUCCGUCCAACAUGGGAAGAGUUCAAGGACUUUGGCAAGUACGUUGAGUACAUGGAGUCUCAGGGGGCGCACAAAGCGGGUUUGGCAAAGGUUGUGCCACCAGUAGAAUGGAUUCCACGUAAAUCUGGAUACGAUAUUGAUAAGUUGGACAUAACAAUUCCAGCACCAAUAUGUCAAAUUGUAGCUGGAAAGCAAGGUCUCUAUCAGCAGAUAAACAUACAAAAACGUCCGAUAACAAUAAAACAAUUCAGUGAAUUGGCAAAAACUGAUCGGUAUGCAACACCAAAUCAUUUUGAUUUUGAAGAUUUGGAACGAAAGUAUUGGAAAAAUAUUAAGUAUGUUGCCCCAAUUUAUGGGGCAGAUGUCAAUGGUACCCUUACGGAUCCUGAAGUCAAGGAAUGGAAUAUUAAUACACUUGGUACCAUUUUGGAUUAUGUCAAUGAUGAUUAUGGUAUACAGAUUGAUGGCGUUAAUACGGCAUAUUUGUAUUUUGGAAUGUGGAAAACAACAUUUGCAUGGCAUACAGAAGAUAUGGAUCUAUAUUCCAUUAAUUAUUUGCAUUUUGGUGCACCAAAAACGUGGUAUGCUGUACCACCGGAGAUGGGGAGGCGACUUGAAAAGGUCGCCAAUACAUACUUUGAAGCCAGUUACAACAAUUGUAAUGCUUAUUUGAGACACAAAACAACACUCAUUAGUCCACAAAUAUUGAAGAAGCACAACAUUCCUUAUAAUAAGAUAACACAGGAAGCUGGGGAAAUCAUGAUAACAUUUCCUUUUGGCUACCAUUCGGGCUUUAAUCAUGGCUUCAAUUGUGCUGAAUCAACAAACUUUGCCUUGCCACGUUGGGUUGAGUAUGGAAAAAGGGCUAGUCAGUGUACCUGUAGUUCGGACAUGGUAAAAAUCUCUAUGGAUACCUUUGUGAAGCGUUUCCAGCCAGAAAAAUAUGAAAAUUGGCUUUUGGGUCAAGAUAUUGGACCCCAUCCUGAAGAUCCUCCACACAUUCUUUCACCUGCAAAUCCACCCACCGAUCAGGAUUUGCUCAUUAAUAGGAACAAUCCUGUAGUCCAGGAAGUUCUCAGUAAAAUGAAUAGACAGUGUAAUCCAACUAUGGGGCACACAAAGAAGUCUUUCAAGGAGAGAAAUCCUGAUCUCGAUAUGGAUGACAUUGAGCGCAAUCCACAUAUUCCUGAUGAUGUUAGGGCAGUGCUGAGUGGAGCAUUGACCCUUGAAAAUGCCGAUGAAGAGAGAUAUGAGCCUGAAGAACCAACAGAGGAAAUGGCUACUGACCAUGUAGAUGAUAUGAAUAUGGAGAAGAAACUUUCGGAUUUACUUUAUGAUUCAGGAAUAGGUCCUAAAGAUGGCAAAAGACUUAUGACGACCAACUGGACUUUUGCAGAUGAAGAGUUCAAGAAGACCAAAAGCCGAAAGAAGAGAAAGAAGUCUGAGGAUUUGAGUGAUGAUGACUACGAUUGGGGUGAAAUGGAGGAGAUGCGUAAGAUGCGAAGUCGCCGUGGUCGGGGAUCCAAUCCACCUCGACCACGUGGUAGGAAGCCCAAGAAGGAUACGACGGCGACGACUGAGGGUGGUGGUGAGGAGAAGAAUGGUGAAAAUGGUGAAAAACCAAAGAAACCAAGGCCACCUAAGAAAAUCAAAGUAACAGAAUUGGACUUGCUGAAUGUCAACAAGCCAGAAAUUACAGGGAAACGCGAGAGGAAGCCAACGGCUCAGGUGAUGGCAAAUCUUGAAUCUGAGAAGAUUUUGGCUCAGAUUCUGGAGCCAAUGAAGAAAUUCCAGGGGAAAAUACCAAAAACUGCAACACCCAAAAUACCCCAACAUCUCAAAACGCCAUCUGGAACUCAACAACAACAACAACAACAGCCGCCGCCGCCGCCGCCGCAGCAGCAGCAGCAGCCGCAGCAGCAGCAGCAGGCUUCAGCCCCAAAGCCGGCUGGGGAGUCAAAGGGGGCAGGAAAGAAGGAGAUCAAAAUGAUGGCGACAUCAUCGAAUGGGGAGAAUGGUGGAGUUGUAGGAGGAGGAGGCGGAGGAGAGGGUGUGCGCACAAAUCCAGACACGGCGACGAUGCCAGUGCCGAAGAAGCCGAAGGCCCCACGAAAGCCACGAAAACCAAAAGCUCAGCAGUCACCAUCCAUGUCGAUGACCCCAAAAGUGAGUGCCAAGAGUGUCGCGAGGCCAGCACUUGAGAUGGGAAAAGUCAAUAACAAGAUUGUGGACAAUUCACCGGGCAUCAGGAGUCUAACAGAAACACCAUUUGGAUCCUAUGGAAAGCCUCCUGUUGCAGGAACAGCUUCAUUGACGCCUGCGCCAAAAGUCGAAAAAUUCGACUACAUGCCUCCGAUGUCCAAUCAUCAUCAGCAUCAAGGCAUGAAUCAGAUGAUGAAUUCCAUGGCCAAUAAUCCGUUGAUGAGUACAAUGGGCAAUCCAAUGAUGAAUCCCAUGAUAAACAGCGUCAUGAAUUCCAUGGUUAAUUCCAUGAUGAACAAUGCCCAAGCAAUGAAUCCCCAGGCCAUGAGCAACAUCAUGAAGCAAUCUAUUACAAAUCCAAAUUCUCUACCGAAUCCCAUGAUUAAAGCCGGCGUUAAUCCUCUGCCGGCUGUCAAUAAGGCUCCUCCUCAGACUCAAAUGGUGAGACCACCAGCAGCUGCAGCAGCUGCUGCUGCUGCUGUUGCUGCUGCGGCUGCUGCUACGGCUCCAGUGAGACCACCACAGCAGCCUGUGGUCGUGAAGCAGGAGCCAAAAGUAGCACCCGUUGUGGUGAAGCAAGAGCCACAGCCAACUACGACGACACCUCCGACUCCGAAGCCAGCUCCUCCUCCCGUGAGGAAUAUGAAUUCCUCCAUGUCGUACUUGAGUGCUUUUAGUGAGUUCUUGGAGUCGCGCAAAACAAAUAAUUCCACCACUCCUGCUAAAGCUUACACUACAGGAAUUUCCAAGACACCAGCGGCACCUCAGAAGGCAAUCAAGGAGGACGUUAAGGAGAAGACACCACCGGAAACUGUUGCAGUGCUCAAGAGUGAACCACAGCAAAUUCAGGUGUAUCGCAUUUGUCCUGUCCAAAAUGUAGGUGAAGCAGGAGAUUCCACAGAAUCGAGCGCCAGAAAUGUCAGUGGAAAUGAUUGUGAAACAGUCUUCAGAGAGUCUCAAUGUCAAUUCCAAGGCUGUUAAAGUUCCAGCUGCAGCUGGAAGCACGACAAAUCGUCGUCGGAAGACACAACAGAAGCCACGUCAGAUAAUUAAGAAUCUUGAGUAUCAAUUUGGCCAGGAGGAUGGGUAUACGCCCAAUCUCAUGGUGUCCAAUUUAGCGAAUAAUCGUGUUGCUGCAGGAACAGGAGCAGGAGCAGGAGGAGCAGCCAAUGGGCAGAAUCAGCAACAAAAUCAGCAACAAGCGACGUUGCAGCAGAAUUUCGAUCUCACGUACCAGACUUACCAGCAAUUGAGUGAGUUCCAGGAGCAACAGCCCAAUACGAUGACAAUGUUGGGCAGUAGUAUUAUUGCAUCGCAGCAGGCUUUGCAAUCGUCUCUUGGGCUCAAUUAUACCAAUCCUGCCGCUCUCAGUGCACUGUACUCCACCUUUCCCACGCCCACAAACCGAAUGGGGCUCCUGACGGAUGAUAAUUAGGCAUCCUUGGGCCCUCUCGCUCCUGUUGCGUCCAAAGGUAGGACUCCUUAACAAUCUCCCCAUAUUGUAUACUUUCUUUUUUUUAAUUUUAUGUUAUGUCUGAAGUAAAAUCGUGAAAUCUUUCGCCUAAAAGUUGUAAUAAAAUCUACUUACUCUUUUACUCUUAUUUUUUUUCUUACUUGAAGUGUGUGCAGAUGAGUUUGUGAUGUAGAUAUUUAAAAAAAAAAGAAAGUAAGAUAAAAGAAAAAUUAAAAAAAAAGAAUACCAUAAAAAAGAAUUUUAAAAUGAUCUUAAGGAAUUAAAAUUUAGAAUUUAAACAUGAAUGAACAAAUAAUAAAAAAAAGAAUAAGAGAGAUUCACAAAGAAUGAGAUGAAGAAAAAAAUUAUUGUAUAAUUUUGAGUAAAAGAGAUUUUAGAGUGAAAUAGUGAAUAAUGAGAUGGUUUUGUUCUCCUAAAGUAUUUGUCUUUUAGUAAUGUAUUACUUGAAGAUUCAGAAAAGUAAUUAUUAUUAUUAUUAUUAUUGUAGUAAAAGCAGAUUACAUUAUAUUUUCUCUGAGACUGGAUGAAAAUAUGCAAAUGAAUAAAUAAAUAGAUAUUGAUUUUAAACUGAAAAA